AUGACAGAUACACCCUUGGUGGUCGAUGUUAUUGGUCUUGAAACUCCCGCCCAUCAUUUAAAUAUGUGCCCACAGUUGGCAGAAACUGAAGGGGAUGUGAUGAGAGAUUUUGAUCAGAAUAUAAUUGUACCGGUUGAAUUGGCUUUCUCCGGUAGCUCAGCCCUAUCCAAGCCAAAUCCUAACGCAGCGCCUAUACAUGGCGCUCCCAAGCUAUGGUCGCGGUCAUUAGUUGGAUCGUCAGAAUCAGGGUCUUCCACAAAGACUGUUGACUAUCAAAUGAUGAUGUCCCACCGAGAGCCAUCGCUUGAACUCCCUUGUAUGAUAGGGGAAUUGAAAAAACCACAAGUCAUUAAGCUAAGUCAAUGGCUUUUCAAUCCCGAAUACCCCGCCGAUGGAAAGACCACUCGCCUUCAACAAGAGCUUAGAGGGUAUGCCUAUAAAUAUCAGUGCCCUCAAGUCUUUCUUUUUGAUACAAGAACCUUGGUCAUUGUUCAAUUCCGGGCUUCAAGUGUUCAGGAUAUUAGAGAAGAAGACUGUCCUGUAGACUGCUGUGUCAUUCCUUGGAAGAGACUUGAGCCCGACCAAUGUUCCAUACCGUACGCGCUAUACAGACUCGCCUCGUGGGGAUAUAUUCGCUUGAGUGGAACUUUAGAAUGCAAAUACGAAGCGCCAGGGGAAUGCUCAUGGGCUCGAAAAAGUCUUUCCUUGGAUGGGC